AGCUUUGUUUUUUUUUCGAAGGAAGAAAAAAAACUUCGAAGACAGGCUAUUUGCGUAAAGAUAAAUCUGUUGAUCGCUUCAUCAGAAAAUCAAUUAAUCUCUCUAUGGCAGCUCCACCUUCUUUGAGAUGAUCCAAUUUCAUAAUCUUCAGUCUGUCGUUGUUUCUGGAGUUCUCAUCUGCAAGUAGGAACGACUAAGCUCGUCCCCGAGUUCUCGUAUUUUUCGCACUGUUUCAGGCAUCACAGGCACGGGAGUGAAGUACCAGUAAACCACGAAACGAAAUGUCCGAACCCGGUGGUGGUUCUAGUCCCUCGACGGCCCCUUCAGGCAACAAGCAGGGAUCCUCAAAUCGGGGAAACCGAAACGAGAGGAAGGGCAAGGGGAAGCGGAACAGUACAUCGUCUGCGUCCGGGGAUCAUGCUACGGGGGCUGCUGGGGCCGUAGAUGGUGGAGCGGCAAGUACGACCGAAGAACAACUAUCCGUGUCUGCCACUACAGGCACUGGAGCGACGGGAGGUGUGUCGUCCUCGUCGCGCAGCGCACAGAAUUUCGACCGAACUACCCCCGCCAACUCUUUCGCCUUGCCGGCAAGCGAUUACAUCGAUGUCGAGCAACGUUUGAUAACGGUGAACGACCGGCUGCCGAGCUCUGCGCCGGAUCGGGAGCCGCCGAGCGGAACCCAAAUCGUCCGCAGGACGCGGCGGGAAAGUGCCUCCGGCGAAAUUUCUGGUGGCAAUGCAACGUCUCACAGUGCGACGUCCAAGACGAACAGGAGCGACUUGGACGAACGAGCGCAGUACGCUUUGUUCGCGCAGGACGAGCUGGUGCGGCUGCAUGAGGCCUCCGUUUUGAGCAACAACGAGCGGGACGCUGCGGCCGCCGGUGGCGAUGUAGCUAACAGGAACCAACUAUCAAAUGCAAGUGUGUCGUGUGGGUCUGGAACAAGGCUGCUUGCACUUGCUUGACAUGAUGCAUUUUCUGGAGUAGACAAAUGGUCUGGUUCAGAGGAUGUGAAGCAUGAGCAUUACGUGUACAAGUUUUGCACGCGAAUCUGUAGCAAAGACAAAGAGUGGGCAGCGUUUGGCACUGAUGCCGAAAUACAGAUUUUUGUCAGCUCGAGAUUUAGCGUCACAACUUGCCUGGUGGAGCUCUUCCACCAGACCCAGACAUGCAACAAUUUGCAAUGCAUAUGAUGGACUACACCCGAGGAUGCCGAAGUGGAAGCGGUUUCUGGUGAAGCUGUUUCACCACUCCCCGAAAUUCGAGCUGCUCAUCCUUCUCUUGAUCAUCGUGGAUGUGACCAUGGUCGCGAUGAACAUAAUGCUCGAUGCCGUCAUUGAAGUGCCGCGGGAGUGGAACGGACUGCACGAAAUCCCGGACGAGUAUUACGACGUGGAGGUCCGCGUCGACAUUCCGGACCACGAAAGCAUGACCGAGGUUGAAUAUCCUGUGUAAAAACUACGUCCCCACCCCAUAGUCAAGUAAUGGGGGCUUUGCUACACAAAUCCACAAGGUUUGGGCAUUGCGCAUGACAAAUUUCGGCUCGCAGCUUAGUCGUGUUUAGCCUGUGCAGCCGCAUCACAAGUAGAUCGCCUUAUCCUGGUUCCAGCAUGACAAACUCCGAGAUACCAUUGAAAAAUGCUCCUCAUGGGGCUGCGCAUGAGAAAUGUCUUUAGGUUUGCUGAUUUGCAUGAGAGCUACAACUAUGGGGUGGGGACGUUUUUACUCAGGAGAUUGAAAGGAAGGCGUUUAUCCACCGUCCCAAGUUGGACGACGUGCACAGCUAUCAAAUGCAAAUAUGUCUGGACGAUCUGGAAACUUGUGAUGCUGGUUGGCGAAUCCUGAGGACGCCACAAGAGACGGCUCAGCAUGCCAAGUUCCUGACUUGAUAGGUGUUGCGUAUUCUGCCUGACAAACCGAAACCGCGUUUCGGCAUGACACAAAAAUGGGGCUUUUGGGUAACAAGCAUAACAGACUUUGGAGUCAUGCUAGCAGAGCAUGACAGACCUUCCAUUCUUCCAGACCCAGACACUUUUGCAAUUCAUAACGGCUGCAUCUACGAUAUCGCGGCGGACGAACUUGUGGGCGACGGCUGCGGCGACGAGGCUCUGGAGCAGCAGCUGGACGUGGACCACCUGCACCUCAAGUUCGCGGAGCACAGAAAAAACAGAACGACAGAAUAUGACCCGCUCAGGUGUUACUACAAGCUCAACCGUUUUUCCGAAUGAGUAUUUUUGAAAGGAACGUCGGAGAUCUGUGAUGCAAAGAGUUGUGCACAAUCUGAACUAGACCUUGGACUGCAACUUCUUGCUCUCGCAGGAAUACGCAGGACAAAUUCAGGAGCCCCAAAGAACCCCACUAGAAUCCGACGGAAUUAUUUGCAUUGCGAAGUAAAGUGCUAGUGCUAGGUAGUCGUCUCUACUGAAUGUUCCUCACGUAGUUGUCCAUGGAAGGCAUUUUAAAUAUUGUAGCGGUUGAGAUUGUGAAAACACCUGAGCAGGCGAUACAGAAAGAAAAGGAGAUGGCGAGGUCGUGCCAGAAUCCGAACGCGGAUAUCAGAGCCGCCUGAACACAUUGGCGAUGGAGGGUAGUUAUUAAAUUUCGAUUUUCCUGUGUAGCUGACUGUGACUAAUAGUAAUAACUUGUUGCGAUAUCCAGUAGUACCUGUUAUUAACAACUACUCACUACCGUGCGUAAGAUUGGUUCGCAGGCAGCUACUACAUCAAGUGAAAGUGUAAAUCAUAAACAUAAAUGGAUUGUGGUGCGACGUUUGAAAUUUACUCAUUUACUUCAGUGCGACAGGACAUGUGUCUGGUGCCGCUGAAAAGGAAAAUCGAGAUAUACUCUAUUUUUACCACCUCGUCGUCUCAAAAAAAAAAUCCCAGAAACAGCGUGAGCGCGAAUCAAACAAAAAAACAGCACUCAAGGAAGGAAAAGACCAGGAGGGCAGCGCCGGAAACGACGGCGCGGCAGUGGAGCAACUACACGAUGAGUACUCUGCCGGAAGAACGGGUGAUGUGACAAACCUGCACGACCAAGAGGCUGAGAAGAAGGACCACGACGACCAGCAUGCUCUGACUGGGCACCACGACCACCCUUUAUCGCACCUGUACAACUACGUUCCUGCGGUGCCCCCCGUGUCGGAGCUUCCCGUCGCGCCAGCAUGGUCAAACGUCGCGGAGCAUUUGCAAUAUCCCGUUUGGGACAGCCCGGACCAGUUUUCACCCGAGGCAACGGGCGCCGCACAGCAUUCUGCUCAUCCGGAGGACCACCACCGCAACGAUGCCACAGAACAACCCGAGCCUGCUGACGACACUCCGCAUGUCCACGGGAGCAUGCGGUCGCGUCCGCAGCGGACUACACGUAUCGCAGAGAAAAAAGCUAGCAUUCUACCAUAUUUGUGAAGCAGAAAUAUGAUAAUCCACGCCGAGAAGAGAAAAAUGAAAUACAUCUGUCGUUCAUAUCUCAAGCAGGAGAUGCUCUGAGAUUGUGUAAGGCAAACAAUCUUGUGUAUGUCUUUUUGCAUUUUUGAUGAUAUUUGCUAGCUGCUCCUUUCCUGUCUGAUAGGCCGCAGGGACCUAUGCAAUUUGCAAAUAUGUCUAGGUCUACGUCUAGUUCCGGAACAUUACAAGACUUGUCAUGAUGCAUGUCUGACAUGACUCUGAACUCUACAACUGUGAUCGACGCAUGUGCCCCGAAACUCGCGCCUCUUUCCAGAGAUGCAGAAACGCAAUAGCUCGUGCGGAAUUUUACGCAACAUGUAGCAUGCGUGGCUACAUAUUGUAGUGUCAAUUCACAGACUCAGACUAGCAGUACAAGGUUCAAGACCCAGACAUAUUUGCAGUGGAUAGAAACAGCUGCCCACGCGGGAAGAUGACGACGGUGCGACCUCUUUCCUCGUAUCGGUGGCCGUGGAUGCCGAGGGACUUACAAAAACGAAAGCAAAAACAUAUAACCUGCUCAGGUGUUACAAUCUCAAGCGUUACAAUAGAAUAGGAAGAGCUUUGCUGCCAAAAGUGCAUGAUCUAGCCUACGUACUCCCACAGGAUUGCGCAUGUUGACAAGUUCCGCAGCCCCAAACUUCAUUGAAAUCUAGCAAAAUUGCGAAAAGAGCAAGGCUCUUUACGUUUCUCAUGCUGCUUGUGCAAGACGAAGUCCCGAGUGUAUUGUAACGGUUGAGAUUGUAACAUCUGAGCAAUCUUCCAUAAACCAGACGAGGGACGGGCAACCGGUGAUCAUGCAGCUUUGGCUGAAACACACCCACCGGAAACCACACCAGCAGCAGCAGGAGAAGGCGUAUCUGUUCGAUCGAUUUUGAUGUUUAUUGUCCUGCUAUUUCGGUACAAAUACAAAAGCAGGUGGGUCCUUUCCACAAGAAUACAAGUACUUUCUACAAGUACUCUAUCUCUCGUUACUUUGAGAUUAGAUUGAAUGUUCGGUGUUCAUGCUUUUCUCCGCGACCGGUAAACAGAAAAAAAUACACCACAGCAGGAGACCGGGAGUACCGAGGGCAAGACCGCAGGGGGUGAGCAGGACGCGAGUACAGUACCCCACCGGCGGAGUGGGAAGCUGCUCAUCUACGUGGGGUACUGGGCCGAAAUAAAGGAGGUGUUCGAGACGAUCAGUCUGUGCGUGAUCUGCUUAUUCAUGGUGGAUAUCAAGUGUAAAAAUGUCUGGGUCUGGAAGAUUGCCAGGUUUGUCAUGCACAUUUUGCAUGACUCCUGAUGUCUGUGAUGCAUGCCCUAGCAUCACAGAUUUUGUGAGGGCUUCCUGAUGCCUAUACCGCACGACAAAUGCUCUUCCCGUGUAGCAAAACUUGGACUCUCGUUGCUGCUCAUGCAAUACAGAUUUUGUUGGAAUACAAAAUCAGCAUGACAAGUUCGGAUCCUUCCAGACCCAGACAUUUUUGCAUUUCAUGGUGGAGCUGGUGCUGCACAUCUUGGCCAACGGGCUGUACGAGCACUUCUUUGUCUAUCGCGGCCUCAGGUUUGAAAUCGACGAGGUUCAAAUGCUUUGUAAUGCAUAAAAGCGAUACGGAUACAAGUUCCAGUUCUGUGACCCUUAUUUCUGUGUGGCGCGUGGUGACAAAUGUUUGGAGCACCUGAAGCCAGUUUGCCAUGCUGUAUUGAGGCAGAGAAAUUAAUAUUUGAACCCUGUCGAUUUCAAACCUGACACUCCCAUAGUGUUGGCACCAAAAUGAAGAUCGCGGGGAUGUGGAUCGACGCGAUCGUUGUCCCCAUGUCCUUCAUCCAAGAGGUGGUCUUCCCAGAACAAAUCGAAGAGCUGGACAUGGUUGUGGCUCUGCGGUACAGUAGUUGCUUUCUGAAAUAACUCGUCGAAUUGUAGUGAGAUGCUGCACCCUCGAUCAUGAUGCGGCAAAACUUUCUGAUGCACAGUACCUACGAUAUCGAAUGGGAAAGUCGUGCUAGUUUCAGUUCGAACUACAAGUUGUACGUAGUAGAAAUAAUUGUAUAGUGCAUGACAAAGGGAAAGGGAAUUUUAAGCACGAGCCGCAGGCAUUUUGACGCGAAAUCAUGUAAGCGAAUUCAUACGAUGAAAAUGUGUCUGUAAUUACAGGUUGUGGCGCAUUGUCCGGAUCUUUUCGGGCGAGUUCGUGUUUCUGGGCGAAAUCUACGAGGAUCGACGAGAAAAGAAUCAUGAGCUGGAGUUUAUGACCCUGUCACAGGUUACAAUCUCAAACGUUACAAAAGAAUCUGGAUUCCAUCUUGCACAAUCAGCAUGACAGACACACAAAGUGUUCCGCUUUUAUGCAAAAUUCGACGGAUCUUCAGGCAGUUUGGGACUCAAGAACUUGUCAUGCGUAUUUGUUCCUGUUAGAGCAAAUAGGCCAGAUCGUGCUCUCUUUGCAUCACAAAGCUCCACUUCCAAUGUAACGCUGGAGAUUGGAACAACACCUGAGCAGGUCAUAGAAUUGGCAGAGUUCUUCAUGGAGGCGAAUGAUCUUAACCUGGAAGAUUGGGAGCAGUUUAAAGAAGACCAUCCGUACUGGAAAAAGUAGCGGCGAUGUUGGGAGGUGAGGUUUCUUUUGCUAUGGUGCAAAUAAAUUCAUGCGGCAUAAUUUCCUCGUUAAGAAUCGAAUCCGUUUCUUGAUCGACAUCGACACUGACUAUUUGACUUUUUUUACUUCUAUGCUUUAUGAUUCACAACUUACUUCCUUCAGUACCACGUGUACCAUCGUGUCUUUCUGUUAUGAACAAAUACGAUCGUUGUUUUUAUGGUGUGCGAUAGAUGAAAAUUACAGAAUUAUGCAACUACUUUUGAAGAACAAAAGGCGGCAUUGGACGACCGAGUUUCAGUUUCAGGAUCAUGCCUCCGCUCAGGGCAACGAGAACGACUUCAACACAAACUGUCACAAACUGUUUGUUUGGGUGUGAUGUACCAAAAUUGAAAACGAAAAUCGUGGUUAAGUAGCAAAAAUUUUCUUCGCGUUUUUGCCUGUUUUCUUUGAUUUGCAACUACAUUAUUUUCAUGUAAAAAUUGAACAGAUUCAGAUUGAUAGUCUUGAGUAUGAAUGUGAGUGUUAUCUUGCUAUAAACUUUUUAGAUUUGGACGAAAUGGUUGCCUGAUUUACCAGUUUCAACAACACUCCACAGUGAAGGGCACGCGGCUUGCGCCGGAUUCGCAUGGUGUGCCCUUGCAGUUUUGAUGAUAGGAUGAAUAUCUUCGUGUACACAAGAAAAAAAGGAAAUCAGGUUCUUUACUACAAUAUGCUACAUGUGGGGGACGAGUCUUUUAUUGAGACGUCGACGUUGCGGCCUUCGUCAUUGACACUGUACAUACUUGCAACGAGAAGGAGUGACAACUCCACAGCACAU